AUGAAUUGCUAGUCAUUAGCAUCAGUAUUUUUAUUUUUAGCUUUGAAUUUUGUUUAGGUGGAAUCUUUGCGUCUUUUAUUUGAAAAAAAUAUCACAAUUCCACAAAAUUAGUCAUACUCAGUUAAUAUUUCAUUUGAAAGACAAAGUCAAGAGGACUCUCAUGAUUCUAUAUUUUACACAGCUGAUGUUUCUGUUUUUAGAAGAUACCCGAUCGAUAGCUCUCUUUUUGAUAUAUUUUUGCUUUAAGGAAAUUAAGAAAUACAGUGCUAUUCAUAAGCGAUUUAAAAUUAUAAUCAAAUGCAAUGCCCCUUCCUUUCUAACUCUGCACAAUCGAAGUUAAUGGUCAACUAAACAAAUAUAGUACUUUAAUAAGGAGUUGCAUUCGAAUAACUUUAAGAUUAAAAUGUAUCAUUGGUAAUUGAUAAUACAAAAUUUCCUAUUUAAGGAGCUUACUAUAGGUCAGAUUUAUAAUUAUAACUUGUAUAUGCAACAUAGCUUACUUUUAACGACUAUUAUCAUGACUUAUUUUUCAAGAGUAUUUAUACUUGCAGCAUAAUUACAUUUUACAUAAUACUUUGGUCUGUUGUAUUGAUUUAUAAGGUAAGAAAGCUAAGAAAAAAAUAAAGAAUAAAUGAAAAUAAUGAAUACGACGAAAGAAGUGAGUUACCAAAUAUUAAUAAUACAUUAAUUCAGAGCAAAAGUAUGGCAGUCAAUAGAAACAAUAAUUUAUAUUUCAACAGUAAUUCGUCAUAGAUAAGAAAUGAUGGAAAUUCAAUAAGAAUUCCCCUUCAAUAAAAUUAGUACUGA